ACGCCGCAGAAGCGAAAGUAGCGGCGGCCCGGGGAGGCGGGGAGAGGAAGGAGGGGCGGGCGCGGGGCGACGGCGAGGUCGUGGCGCGGGCCCGGAAUGUCCGCAGCUAGCGGCCUCGGAGCCGCCCGGAGGCCACGUCCCGGCGAUGGCGCUGCGUCUGGUCGCCGACUUUGACCUCAGGAAGGACGUGCUCCCCUGGCUGAGGGCGCACCACGCGGGGGCCGGCGACGGCGCAGAUGUUUUGGAAAAUUAUGAGAGCUUACGUGUACUAAACGUUGAAAGAAAUGGAAAUAUUAUUUAUACCUAUAAGGACUAUAAGGGAAAUGUCUUCUUUGGAUUAUAUGACUGCCGGACCGGACAGAACGAGCAUCUGUAUACUUUUGAGAAAGACUUGCAAGUUAUCAGUGGCUCUGUCAACAGUGAGAGGACUUUGCUUGCUGCAAGUUUCGUUCAGUCUACUAAAGAAGGAAGAAGGAAUGAGCUUCAACCAGGAUCCAAGUGCUUGACUUUGUUAGUUGAAAUCCACCCGGUUAACAACGUGAAGGUUCUAAAAGCAGUGGAUAGCUGUGUUUGGGUGCAGUUCCUCUACCCGCAUGUUGAAAAUCGUCCACUCCCAGAGAACCAUCUAUUGCUGAUUUCAGAAGAGAGAUAUAUCGAGCAAUUUCACAUUCAAGUCGCCCAUGAAGAUGGAAAUAGAGUGGUGAUUAAGAAUUCUGGCCACCUCCCUAAAGACAAAAUAGCCGAGGAUUUUGUUUGGGCUCAGUGGGAUAUGUCGGAGCAGAGAUUAUACUACAUUGACCUGAAGAAAUCAAAAAGUAUUUUAAAAUGCAUCCAAUUUUAUGCCAAUGAGAACUUUAAUUUAAUGUUUGAAGCACCCUUGGACAUAUCAUUAAGUGACUCAGGAUUUAAGCUUGUCAACUUUGGAUAUGAUUAUCAUCAAGACCAAGAGAAAUUAUCCAAGCACCUGACUCUGUGUGUAUUCAGCAAUCAUACAGGAAGUUUGUGUGUAUGUUACAGCCCCACGUUUGACUCCUGGGACCAAAUCACAUAUUCGGUGUUUUAUUUUCAUAAAGGACACAGCAAGACCUUCAUGCCUGCUCUCGGGAAUCCUGGCUCACCUGUGACCACGGGCAUCACUUUUCUCAACCUCGACUACUACGUGGCUGUUUAUUUACCUGGUCAUUUCUUCCAUCUCCUUAAUAUUCAACACCCAGACAUGGCCUGCCACAGUCUGUUUCUGACAGGAAAUGACGAAGUGGUUGAUAUGCUACCUCGUAGUCCUUUACACUGCCUGUCGGGGUCCCUGGUACUGGAUUGGUGUUCUGGAAAGCUCUACAGAGCACACCUCAACCAGUCAUAUUUGUUACAGUUCCUGUGGAACACUUCCCAAGACUGUGAGAAGAUGGCUGCGUUGCACUGUUUACUCUCAUGUGGCCGAGACCUGAGGUCCCUGGAAGGCAAGAUUAUCCAGUGGAUUUCGGAGACUGUUCCUGCCUGCCAUUCCUUUGACCUCAUUCAGGAAUUUAUAAUUGCUUCUUCAUAUUGGAGCAUUUAUCCAGAGACAAGUAAUAUGGACAGACUAUUGCCGUAUUCCUCAGUGCUCACAUGGAAUACAGAAAUCCCUGGUAUCACCCUGGUGACGGAGGAGAUCGCUUUGCCUCUGAUGCGGGUGCACAGCUUUAAGGGCUACUGGGAGAAACUGAACUCCAACCUCGAGUACGUCAAGUACGCCAAGCCGCACUUACGCUAUAACAACAGCGUGGUCAGGAGAGAAUGGCAGAACCUGACUGCCGAGGAGAAAACAGGAAAAAGGAGGUCUGUGGCAUAUGUGCGGAAUAUUCUCGAUAAUGCAGUCAGGGUGAUUUCUAACCUAGAAGCGAGGAAUUUGGAGCCAAGGUUGAUACCCCUGCUGCAGGAAGAGGACGACCACCAGCGGCUGCUCAUGGGGCUGAUGGUGUCUGAGCUAAGAGACCAUCUUCUGAGACACCUCCAGGGCGUGGAAAAGAAGAAAAUUGAACAGAUGGUUCUGGACUAUAUUUCAAAAUUGCUGGACCUCAUGUGCCGCAUACUGGACACCAGCUGGAAGAAACACAACCUUAAUUCCUGCAUUCUCCACUUCAAUAGGCGUGGCAGUGCUGCUGAAUCUGCAGUCUUUCACGUCAUGACCAGGAUUCUGGAAGCUACCAACAGCUUGUUUUUACCUCUGCCUCCCGGUUUCCACACUCUGCACACCAUCCUUGGCGUGCGCUGCCUCCCGCUGCACAGCCUGCUGCAUUACAUCGAUAACGGGGUGCUGCUUCUCACCGAGACGGCUGUCACAAGGCUCAUGAAAGAUCUGGAUGACACAGAGAAAAAUGAAAAACUGAAAUUCAGCAUCAUCGUGCGGCUUCCCCCGCGCAUCGGCCAGAAGAUCUGUCGCCUUUGGGAUCAUCCUGUGAGUUCGAACAUCAUCUCGCGGGGCCACGUGACUCGACUCCUGCAGAACUAUAAGAAGCAGCCUUGGAAUUCUACCAUCGACAAGUCGUCUUUCAGUAUAGAAUUUCUGCCCCUGAACUACUUCAUCGAAAUUCUGACAGAUCUGGAAUCUUCCAACAAAGAUCUCUAUGCGUGUGAAGGACAUGACAACGUGGAUGCAGAAUUUGUGGAGGAAGCGGCUCUGAAACACACCAUGAUGCUUUUAGGCUUGUAAGAGCAAAUGCAAUUGGAUCUGCGCCCGGUAUUACAAUCUUGGUCACCAGCCUAUCUCCUGCUGGGAAUCCUCUAGCAAGACGGCAGACUGGUAACCCACAGGAGACUGCGGCACUGAGCCAGCCGAGCUGCAGCGCGGGGCUUGUUCAGACAGAACGCGGCUGCAUGUCUCGGGCCAGUUUUAAGGAGCUGGUGCACAAAUAUAGAGAAGUGAACAGUCCAAGGAGGCACGUGGCGGCACAAAGAAUGCUCUUCCCUGUAACGUCGCAGGCCAAACGCCGGUUUCUAUCACUCUCUGAAAUCAAAUAUGCUUUUAAAAAUGUAGGGAACAGUGCUUAGGAAAGUGAUAACUACGUGUGUUUCUGAAAAUAACAAGAUGAAAAAUGAAAUCUUAUCAAAGGACUCUACUUGGAAAGAAGAUAGGGAGUUUCAGAAACGCUGUGAAGGGGCAGACGCUUGGCCUGGCAGUGAAGCCAGCACCUGGGACACCCACUUCCCACACCAGAGUCCCUGGGUUCGAUGCCCGGCUCCAGCUUCUCGCCCGUGCAGACUCUGGAGGGCGGCAGUGAUAGCUCAAGCGAUUGGGUUCUUGCUACCAGCUUCAUCCCAGGUCAGGGGCCACUGUGGGCAUUUGGGGAGUGAAAUAGCAGGUGGGUGUUGCUGCUUUUACUUUGAAUUUGGUUUUACUUAAAUUUUACAGAAACCUGAUUGGAGUUAAGUAUGUAAUUAUAAGUAAAGUAACAAUUUCUACAAAAAUACACAUGUAAUGUCAGAAGGUGCUUCUUCAUCUUUGCCUUUCAAACAAAACUUUUAAGGUCCAUGGAAAAUGGAGUUAACAUUUUUGUUGGAAAAUCCAUGUAUAGAUUUUAUGACUUCUUUUCCAUGAACUCUUGGAAGAUUGUUUAUAUGAAUGGAAUUUUU